AUGGAUGGUUUAUUGAUUAACACCGAAGACCUCUAUACGGUUGUGACUAAUGAGAUUUUGGCAGAACACGGAAAAGGCCCGUUAAAAUGGGACGUCAAGAUUCAAUUACAGGGACUUCCAGGACCUGAAGCUACCAAAAAAGUUUUGGAUCAUUUUGAGCUACCUUUGACCUCUGAACAAUUCAAUGAAUUACAAGUCGCGAAGCAGUUGUCAAAGUGGCCAACUUGUUCAUUUCUGCCGGGCGCUCUUGAUUUGAUCAAGGACCUUAAGGCAAGGAACAUUCCAAUUGCUCUUUGUACUUCAUCUGCUGAACACAAGUAUGAGGGGAAGACCAGCCAUUUGAGACACGGAUUCGAUCUAUUUGAUGUCACUAUAAUGGGCGACGAUCCUCGUAUUCAACCUGGGAAGGGAAAACCGCAUCCAGAUAUCUACCUCUUGGGUUUGAACGAAUUGAAUCGAAAAUUCAAAACCGAUAUAAAACCCGAGGAAUGUCUUGUUUUCGAGGACGGAGUUCCUGGUGUCAAAGCUGCCAAAAGUGCAGGUGCUUUUGUUGUGUGGGUGCCUCAUCCUGAAGCCUACGAAGUGUUGGGGGAUACAGAUGCCAUUUUGGAGGGCAAAGGUAUUCUUCUGCCCUCAUUGAUGCAUUUCGACCUGGCAAGGUUUGGGUUUUAA